UUCCGAGUGCCAACCGCAACCGUAAAUUUCACAAGUGGAGAGGGCAUGAGCGCAAAAGGCAACAAUCUUAGCACAGCAGCACCAAAGCGCGUCGUGUCGUGCAAAUCCAACUUUGAUACCACUCGCUGCCUGGUUAUGGACUCCACCAGGAGCAACCAGGUCGCCGGCAGAUGCAACAGCACCAUCGCGUCAAGGGCUGCCACGGUCCCGCCGUCGCUGACCAUGCCGCGCGGCGAACUCGCUGACGCCAUCGUGGGCGGAGGCGGAGGAGGAGGAGCGGACGGGGACCCCCGGGCCGCCCUCCUCCGUCUGUCUGCUCUCGGGGACCGCAUGGCCGCCGUCCGGGGCCGUAUCUGCGCCUCUAUCUCGGGCGAAGCCCGGCCUCUCUCCUACGCCGACAUCCAAUCUGUCUCCUCCGAGAUCUCCGCCGCUGCCCAGCUCGUCGUCCUCAACGCCGCCGAGCUCCUCGCUUCCUCCGUCCCCUUUCCCGCCCCACCUCCACCUCCUCCUUCCGCCGCUCCCUCUCCCGCUCCCGUCCGAGAGAUCCCAGUUGUGGCCGCUUCCGCCCAAGAGCAACCCCUGGAGGCCGCCAAGGACGACGGUGGCUACGAGGUCGUGGAGCUCGACGCCGCCGAGCUGCUAGCGGAGCACGUCCACUUCUGCGAGAUCUGCGGCAAGGGCUUCCGCCGCGACGCCAACCUCAGGAUGCACAUGCGCGCCCACGGCGACCGCUUCAAGACCCUAGACGCGCUCUCCCGCCCUGGUCACGGCCAGCCGAAGCCGCCCGUUGGCAGCAACGUGCGCUUCUCCUGCCCCUUUGCGGGCUGCAACAGGAACCGCACACACCGCCGCUUCCGGCCGCUCAAGUCGGCGGUGUGCGCGCGGAACCACUUCCGGCGCAGCCACUGCCCCAAGCUCUACGCCUGCGAGCGAUGUGGCGGCAAGAAGCGCUUCGCUGUCCUGGCGGACCUCCGCAGCCACCUCCGCCACUGCGGCGAGGAGGCACAGUGGCGCUGCUCCUGCGGCACCACCUUCUCCCGCAAGGACAAGCUCUUCGGUCAUCUAGCGCUCUUUGAAGGCCACACGCCAGCAGUUACUAAGCCAAACAAGGAUGUGGUGACAGGGCCUACAGAGUCCACCAUUGAUGCUAUGGAGGAAGGGGGAUUUGAAGAAGGCAUUCCUGACCGGGAGGAGGAUGAAGAGGGCGGUUAUGAUCCAGAGUUCUUCAAGGAGUGGAUGGAUGAGCUCAGAGGUGGUGCUGGUGGCUCCAAUUGGCCUGGACCAGCAGCAGAUGGACAUUAGCAAUGUUGCGAGGGUUAAUAGGGUGAUAAAUAUUAUAAUUAGUCCUAUUGUGGAAGAAUGUAAACAACAAAUGAGUCUAUGACUAUUAUCAAGAGAGCAGAGCUAGUGCUAGAGGAUCCCACAUGAGUGGGGUUGAGAGGAGGGAUAAACCAAGGCAAGCCUCCCCCCAAUGUGGAGAGACUGCUUCGAUCCCGCGACCUGGUAACUCAGUGAAGCAGCUCUCACCAGUCACCACUACAUCAGGCCUGCUCCUCAAGAGAUGAAACUUUUUUGUUAAACUUUUGCCAAGAACUCUGACUAGAAUGAACAGCAUGUAGCUUGAAUUCAAUGGUGGCUGCACUUAUAAGUGAGUUUCAUAAAGUAAUAUUUAGUAGGUUUUAUCUUGAAUCUUUCUGCUGACAACUGGAGUCCUGUGUGUUCUCGCGAACUGUGUGGAUAGGGCUACAGGAUGUUGCUCCUGGCCUUAAUCACACCAUUUUUGCUGAUUGGUGGCUUCAGGCUAUGCAUCAUAUACCAAGGGUUUUUCGCAGAGGUUUUAACUCCUUAGUAAUCUUGGUAGCUUGGUUUUUAUGGAAGCUUAGAAAUGGGUGUGUUUGAGGAAGCCUCAGUGCCUCACCUAUCAUUGGUAGUAUCAUGAGGACUGUAGCUGAGGUGGGUAAGCUUUGGUGCAUGGCAGGAGCCAAAGGGCUCCGUAGGAUAUGGUCAUAGGGCUUCCUCCUUGGCUUGUGGUCGUAGCUAGUCUGUGUGGCGAGUAUUCUCGUGGUGUUUUGCCCCGCAAGGGGUUGUAAGAGACGUCUAGACUCCCUUUUCUUUCUUCUUAAUAUAAUGAUGUGCGGUUCUCCUGCGUGUUCGAGAAAAAACUGGAGAUCCUUGGGUUGAGUUUGGUUGCUGUAUAGUUUUUCCCUUUUUAUUUGAAGGUGGGUUUUCUCGCCCAGCAAUGCCAAGUUGAACAUCUGUUGGCUCCUUUUUUACUUUUCCGCGAUGUUACCACCAGGAGCAUCUAUGUACAUUAUGUUGAUUUCUUCACAAGGAAGCUAG